AUGCCGGUCAGACCAGCUACCUACGCCGAUCUCCUCCCGGCCUCGAAAUUCCUCGCCAAAGCCUUCGAAGAUGAAUACCUAUUUGGAGAAUACAUGCACCCACAUCGGAAAGAAUACCCCGGAGACUUCUACCUUACCUUCCUCCGCAACUUUCUCCGGAUCCCAUACGUCAGCGGUGCAAUGGAUGCGAUCCUGGUGUCUUACAAGGAAAACGAACAGGGCCAGGAACAAGUCACCGGAAUAGCGGUUUGGAAACGAAACAGCGCGCACCCUGGCUCGAAGAGUCUCUUUGCCACGGCGAAGAUUAGAGCGAUGGAGUGGUAUAAUAAUUACUUUGAGCCUUUCCUCUGUCCGAACAGAGCCAUCGAUCCGUCGCGUCAGAGCAUCCUGGGAGACAAUUGGCCGUUCAUCCAACAUCACUGGACUGGUUCGCGGGCAGAAGUCUGGGAUUUGGCUUUGCUAGGAGUAGAUCCAAGUCAGGGAGGACAGGGCUUCGGCAAGGAAUUGGUGAGUUGGGGAUUGGAGAAAGCGAAGGGGGAAGGUGUUGGCUGUAGUGUGGUUUCUGCGGAGGGAAAGGAAGGCUUCUACGAGCGAUGUGGGUUUACGAUAGUAGGUACUGUGAGGGACGAGGGUGGAGAUGAGAACCCCAUGAAUCGGCAUAAGAUUCGUGGUGGGACAAUAUUAUUCUGGGACAAUGGGAGAGAUUUGAGUGGGGUGAAGAAGUAUGGAGAAAGCUGA